CUCCAGGUACUUCUUUUUUUUUCGGGGGGAAAAAGGGAAGUACAUUCUAGCUCUAGUAGUAGCUUGUGUUCACGCACUGAUGCUGAAUGUAGUACUCUGUUGAACUGAAGCGAACAACCUGUAAAAAUGGCGAUCACGCAGCCCGCGAGCAUGAACGCGGGCAAAACCCAGAUGACUCCGGAGGAGCAGCUGGAGGACCUGACCAGGAGGUUUCAGUUGCUGGAGGGGGAGAGAAAAGCCACGUAUGAGACCGCCCAGCUCAACAUCCGACAAAAUAAAGAAAUCAUCAAGCAGAUGAAGGUAAGUACAACGGGCACCAGUUUUCGUCUUCUCUUUGUUUGUAACUUGAUCAUGUUUUGCAUUUCCAUCAAAAUAUUUCUUGUAUUCCAUGCGCCGAUGAAAGUUCGACGGUGCCACCAAUGCAAAAAAAACCAUUUCACUUUCAGGAUGAGUCCAAGAUGUUGCGACAGCAGAUAGCGCUCCACCGCAACGAAUCCGCUCCAAGUACGGAAAAGCAGGUCGAGGAGAAGACCGCCCACUGUACUAUUUCCUGAAUCACAUCAGUAGGCUUUUGUGAUGCAGCAUGAAGUAUGUAUGUCUAUGUUUAUAUGGAGUGGGUUUGAUGAGAAACAAACAGAAAGCCAGUUUCUGAUGCGAUUAUUUGCAGAACGGAAGGAACAAUGAUGCACAUGUUUUUGUCUUGAGAUACAUAAGGGUAAAAAUCCUAAUCGUAUAUUCAAGCUACAAGAAUGGAUGCUGCAACUGCAUGCGAAAAGGAAAUAGCAAAAACACUAUGAUCACGAACCGCGAAUAUAACAGGCAACACCCUGAAGCGGCAGUUGGAUAACUUGAGACACGAGACCUCCACGAAAAAGCAGUACAUGGAGGACAUGAGGUAUGGAAGCGUCAGGAUGGAAAUCAUCAAAGUUGAAAUAGUUUGUCAUGCAUAAAAUGCAACCUACAAAAUGCCUGUCUUGCAGAGUAGGCAAGGGGGGCAGAUUGUAAGCCUGUUGCGGGGUAGAAAUAGUAGCAUUACAAAAGCCGCCUUCCUUGCCCAAACAGCAUGACAAACUGGAUUUCGGUUUUACCCAAAUUUGUCACGCACCGCUUGGAAAUUGGGCUUCCAACUGGUAUCCGUGUUAUGCAUCACAAAUCAUUUCAACUCUGACGAUUUCGAUCCCGACACUCCCAUAUGAGGUCAAAGCUCGAGGACUUGGAGGAUGCCAGUAACAGCCAGAACAUUGGUAGCACCGCACAGUCGAGGCAGAUCCGAGUGCUGGAGAACCGCCUAGACAAGGCAAUGAUCAAAUACAACGAAGCCCAGACCAUCCGACGAACGUAGUUCUAGUUUGUGGUCUAUUGCGAUGCAUUCUGAAUUCUGAUGAAGCUCCUCUUUCUUACUUCUACUAGGAAUGCGACUGCCUGUACCUCCUGUCGCAGUGAAAGUGUUGCAUGACUUUCAUGAGUGGUUCACUAAAACAAGCAUGUGGAAGUGAGAUGAAGUGCGAACCUAGUCUCGAGAACCAAUGAUCCUACAAAAUUCAGUGACUUCUAAAAUCAGAUACGAGCAAAUUGUGAAGCGGUUACGCGAAGAGCGAACGGGGUUCGAUUCCCAGUUGGCGCAACUGGAGGAGACUUUGAGGGCGAGGGAAAAGGACUACGAGGAGCUGUUACUGCUCAGUCACGACGCCUACCACGCGAAGGAGAUGGCACAGGCAGAAUUGCACCGAUUCGAACAAGGGGUUAUGGAGGAGAGAAAUCAAAGGGAUAAGGAGGUACUGCUAUUAAGAGUACGUAGCGUUAUCCCUUUCUCCUGUUUUCCAUGCAACUCACUGCUGCGAAGAAGGCCGAGACUGUGAUGCAAAUAAUUUUUCAUGAUCGUUCCGCAUAAAUCCUAUUACAGGUGCAAGAGAAGAAAGCGCUAGUCCAACAGCGAGUCGAGAUGAACCAGAGGCUGCAGCAGCGGGAAAGAAUGCUGAAGCAGCAGCAGGAUCUGGACCGAGCAGGAGAGAUCGCAUUGAAGACCACCAGCGCCAUGGCAGAUUUGGCCGCUGGUACACAAGAAAUUGAAAUUAGAAAUAGGAUGAAGAUCAUGAUCUAUCUCUUAGAAGUGUUUUUUGGCAUGCAUAGUUGUGCAAGAUAGGCUUCAUUUUCUCCCUAUGCAUGAGGAAGGGGCCGGCACUCCUGGACCUUAUGUUCCUUUAUUUUCCAUUGCAUGAAAAAAAAACAGGUAUCAGCAGCACGCAAGCUGAGGAGGAGAGGCAUCGCCUGCAGGACUACGAGGAAGCGUUCCGAAGAAUCAAGGAAGCAACGGGCGUGUACUAUUUUUGUACUUAGUUCAAGACGAAGUGUCAGUGUGGCCUCCUCUUGCUUCUUGGAGCUGCACCGCGUUUAAAAGUUUAGUUUGCAUGCCAAAUAUCUACAUAAAUUAAAAUUUAAAUCCCCAAUCAGGUCCGACGUGAACGAAGUCAUCCAGAAAUUCCUGACGCAAGAGGACACACAAAACCAGCUCCUCAAGCUCACCGUCGAGUGCCAGGCAAAGAUCGAUAGUUUGGCCGAGCAAAGGCGGCAAUUGAAGGGCAUGGUGGACGAGCGCAAAUUCAGCUCGGCAGGAAACAUCGGGAAGCGGCAGGUAUAGAUAGUGCCGGACGUCUUGUUUUGGACAAAGUUUCAGUUUGACUUCGAUCAAGAUCGGUAAUGCGCGAUAAAGUUAUCCUUACUUCUUGGUAAGCAGUAAGUACUUACCUGCUGCAACUCCUAGCGCAGCACUUGCAGUUGCAGGCCCAUCGCACGCUCGAGGAGCCACGUACUUUUACGCUCUUCUGUGAUGAAGACCGAACCUACUGGUGAACAAAUGAAACCAUCAGGUCGUGGACGAUUUCGAGACCCACCUCUCCGAGGCUAGUGCCAAAUGCUCCAGAAACCAGGGCAAAUACGAGCGAAUAGCGAAGGUCUUGAUCGACCUAAAGACCGGUGUGGACCACCUUGCCACGAAGUUAGUCAGCAUCAAGCUCGACGGUAUUAUACAUGAUUUUUCGCUUUGAUUUAUUUUGCUUUUGGUUUUCAACAUCAUGUCACCGAACAUGCAUGGCGUCAUCGAGAAGAAGAUCGGGAAGCAGAGGCUAUUGUGCGUUGCAGUAGGGUGGCCUAUCUCGGUAGUCAAACAACCCUGAAGUAGAAACGUGAUCAUAUUGCAGGCGAAUCUCCGAUCGAAGUGACGGACGAGACGGUGGAGGAUGUGCUUUCGCAGUGUGAGUUCAAGUUGAGCAAUAUCAAACAAAAAAGUGUUAACGUUAACGGUUUUCAUAGAUUGCAAAUAUGCAUCACAAAUCUUGCCUAGCAUGCAUGCUAUGCAUGACAAAUUUGGGCACGUUUUGUGGUGCGUUACUGCAUCACAAAUUCCGUUAACGUUAACACUUUUUCCUGUGAUAAGCAAGCUGAUGUCAAUCACGCACUUGGAGGGCGCCAAGAUGGGCAAGGCACAAGCAGCGAAGAUCGAUCUGGCAUAGUACAAGAACCUUCUUGAAGAUGACUGCUACUCCUACUGCUUUGAUGAUUCGGGAUACUAUAUACGUCCUUUAUUUUUUUUGCAUGCUGUGCACCUGCAGGGAGCAACCAAUGCAAAGUUCUUUCGCUUUCCAAAAAUUGUUCACAACAUGAAAAUCAGUUAUGAGGAGAAGAUGAUGCAGAAGUCGCAGUCUGACAUUCGGGUCCACACCCACGACCAGGAUGAUGAGGAGCUCGAUGAUGACGAAUUCGAAGACGACGUCGAAGAGGACGUCUGGAACCGCCGGUCUAUCAAGCACAACUCGCAGGUCAUUCACGACCAAAACACCAAGCGCAAGAAGCGCGCUGCGGGCAAGAAGAAGUAAGUUGAUAGUUCUUCAAAAAGAAAAAGGUCUCAGAACUUCGAGAAGUAGGUAUGAAAGUGGCGGAAAUGAUUCGGAGUUUCUCGGAACUUGAGUGAGUUAUUUCAUCUUCUUGAAUCAGACGUACUUACUUUUGUGUAGUUUUCUGCACAGCAGCAGCGAGAGCUGCAAAAAAUCAGACUUAGCAGACCAGAAAGACAAACGGUUCAGACAUUAUAUCAGACACAACUUCUUGUUCGGAUUCAGAUUAAUAAAUUAUUCGUGAGAGCAAGCGGUGUUAAUACGCAAUUUAGAAAAAUCAGACUAAUAGCAGAAAACAAGAAAUUUGAAUUUAUUAGCAGAGUGAACAGCAGCCUGUUCUUGUCUCAAUCGACGACGCCAUCGUGUAGGCAGAAGAUGGUAAGCCGCAGAGUUUGGCUGUACCAGCAGGAACUACAGGCAACUCUUGAUUAAGAAAUGGUUUUAUCAGACUCACCCUUUACCUUUACGAAUCAGUAUCAGACAGCUUUUUACAGUGAAUCAAAAAUAUAUACGCAGAAAAUGUUUUACUAAAGUUACAGUCACAGCAGUUUUAUGGUAAUUUGUUCAGGAAGAAUGUUCUUGUCAGACCAGAGUUCAAUACCAUUUUAGCAAUUGUUUAUCAGGACAGCAUUAACCAGACUUCGUUUUAUAGCUUAAGAACCAGACUUCAGAAACUAGUGUUUAAAUUUGUCAGACAAUACAGCAAAGAGCCAGUAGCUUUAAUUGCCUGGAACUUCAUCUAGUCGGUCUCAGCUGCGUGGUGACUACAGCACCAACUUUCGUGUGAGUCUUACAAAAUGGAUUUGUAUACUAUCGUGAGAACUCAAUCUCGUUUCAGCGUUUUCUAGCGUCAUGAUUAAGUUUGGUAUUCUCGUAGUGUCCGUCCCGUCAACGACGUGGAGGUGAACUAAAAUCGAAGCGGUUUAAUGUUUCUCCCGUCGUAGUUCGGUCUCGUCUAGAGAAGCUGCCUACACGCUGCACAGGAGUACUGCUCGUGAUUCACAUGGAACCUACCUCCAGAGCUACCGAGUUACUAAACCUUAUUCAUCCAUAUCGCUCUCGCUAAACGCUUUGUAGAGCUGAUGUAUCGAAGAUGUCAAAAAAUCGUGAUGUAUUUUCAACUAUCCUCGAGCAGGACGACAGACUGAGGCCUCUGUUUCGGAGAGAAGUUUCAGCCGCGAAGAUACAAAAACGAAGACGAAGAGGAAGGAACAACGCCUGCUGCUGUACGAUUUCACGAUUCGAAACGAAAUGGAAAAGAUGAAGAGGUACUAGUAGAAACGCUUCCCUGG